AUGCUUGCCUUGCACAGCGUCGUCGCCGUUCAUCCUUGCACAGCGAAGGACCGCAGUCUCUCCCACGGCUCACCAUCGCAGAUACAUGAAAAGAAGAACCGGAUGUCAGACAUUGCACCCGCAAUACACAUCUUCAAACUCAACUUCAUCAUUCCACGAAGCCUCGAAGCUGUUCAGAUACAGAUGUCAGUUACCGCAUUGCUCCUAUUGGCGAGAGGCUCCUCCCCAUCCGCCUUCGGAUGUAGACGCAUCUGUCUACGUCUUCACAUCCAUAUCUCUGCUGCAUCGCCCGCACGAGGCAUCUACGAUGACCACAUGCAUUCAAAGGCGGCCGGAUAUCUGCUUCGAGACGCAGGCGUAAAGCUGAGACAGCUCACCUCAAUCCCUCCGUCGAGAGGGAUCGCUGGGUCGCCUCAUGUUUGGCGGCCCAUUGCACGCGCACCCCCAUUGGACUCUACUACUUGCCAACCGAACAUCCCAUUGCUAGUGCAUAGUACGACAGCCCACCCAUCAGUCAAUACAGAAAAGGCAGCAUAUAAAAGGCAGCCAGACGAGGAAGUAGUAACGACCGUCAUGACGGUAUUGGCAGCGCGGAAGCGGAGAGAUAUAUCGCGACGGACCGUAUCCUCGAGUUUGCCAUCUCUUCUCCUGUCCGGCGCCCUGCUGCAGCGCAUCCAAGUUGACCGGAUGCGCCACAUGCUGGUCGUUGCCCGCGUACAACGCACCGAAUGGACGGUUGACAGGCUUCGCCGCGGGGCGCGGGUGCACCGCAUACGGCUGCGACGAGGCGACUCGGAGGCGUACACGGGCUGGUACGCGGGCGAGGCAAUGGACAUGUGUGGGGAGACACGGGCGAGGCGAAGCCGUCGAGCUUCGCGACACUCUUGGAAGAAAGAAACCCCAGCAGCCGCAACAUCGGCCAGUCCACCAAUCAGCCUUCAUUUCGUCGAUAAAUGUCGGAGAACGAGUAAUGGAGAUGUGGAUAUGCGCUACGAGAACGUCGACGUUCGCGCGAGGAUAAGCGCAGGACUCUCAGUCCGCGGGCAUUGUGAAGAAGGCGUACAACGAGACGAUGGCCAAGAAGUAGGCAAGGAUGAUACUUACCAACGUCCGCAUGCAUGGCGUGUCACAAUCCCCGCAUUCUCCGCGGUGCGUCUACCGUUGGUGUUCUGCGGAGGAAUGAUGACCGGUCGAGCAUGGCGCAGACGCACAAUCCGACGAGGAGGCCAAAAGGAGGGUCCAAAGCUGCAAACGUCCGGUAAAGAUGCAAUCUGCGGCGCUCAGCGGACGCUAAAUUUACUUCCGAGUUACUUCCGAGGCUCACGCUCAACCGCACGUCCUUCUCUUUCCUUCACAGUUCAAAUGUUCAAUUUCCUGGACGCUGCCUCGGCCUCCCACACAGAAGCGUCGACUCGGCCAGCGGACGACCACUCGGCACGGGCUCUACGUAUCGGCAGGCCAGCAACGCGAGGACGGACGCGCACGGACGGAUGGCGUGAAGACACGCGUGGUACCGUACUAGCUGGCUCGGUAUGUGCGACUUGGUUGACUGCUCUGCAGCCCGCAGAAUGGCCUCCUGAGCUGGCGGCGCUGGAGAGGGUUGAGUGGCGGAUGAAGAUGCGACGUACGUAUGGGGGACACGAGCAAGGCGGGUGGGUUGGACAAGACGAGACGUGGAAGGCGAGAACGGGAGCUGGUGUGGACGCGUCAGGCGGUACGAGCAUCAGCCCACGCACAGACGCACGUCACUUAAGGGUGGAGGCGCAGCCCGACGCGUCGGGAUCAACUCGCCGUACUACGACGUUCACCGAGAGACCUGGGACGAAUAAUCAGCACAAAUCACACAAGAUCGAACAGAGGAUGGACGUAGCAGGAGCCGGAAGGCUGGAUGCGCGCAAGACGAGGAUGGAAGGCGAGAGGGAGGAGGGCAGUAGCGAGCAGAGGAAGGGACUGAUCCACGCUAGGCAGCAAGGUCUAAUUUGGUCGUUCGCACUGAACCGGCAUUCUGGGCUCGCUCGACCGGGCAAUCUAUACGGCGACCCGGGCCUCUCCAGGGAUUCGCAUGCCGUGCUGGUUCGUGCACUGGGUGUCGCUGGGUGUCGCCCUGCUCAAGAUAGACACACGAGCCGGUCUCCAGAGACGAGCGAUUGA